AUGACCAGUAAACCAGAAAUAAAUAAACUAGUGUCCAAAAGAAACGAUACCACCUGUUUGCAACGACAUAAAAGAAAAACUAAACAAUGCAGAAGGUGUAAACAGAUAGAGCUUCAGAAGUCAAGUGCUUAUGGUGUGGCACAGAAGCUCGCAAGGCAAGUUAGAAAGGGUAAAUCGUCUGACCUCCUAUUCACAGAUGAAGGGGAACAGAUGAAGAGGAACAGAAGAAGGACAGAUGAAGCGGCGCCUACAGAACAGAUGAAGAACAGAAAGAAUUAUGAACAACAAGUGAAGAAUGCUGAAGAAAAGAUCAACAGAUGA